AGAAUUGUGGGAUUGCAAUGGCGGCUCCCUUGUCUGUAAACAUACGCGUUAUGUUCACGUAAGCUGUAGUGUAAUAUUGUGACAUCCCCGCGCAGUCACUUACAAACUGUUAAUCUGAUAUAUUGAACCAAAUGUGUGAGAUUUUCCUGUUUAGACUGAAAUAAACUCGAGGUGGUUUUUCGCAGUUUGUCGCCCUUCCUCGUUUUCGGGACAGAAGAAUCCGAUCUCUCUCAGACUAGAAAUCGCUUUAUCCAUCUCUUUACAUCAGUUUGAUACUCAGCGGGUAUUAUUUGACCACAGAUGAUGGAUGAUGAUGAUGUGUCCAUGCACAGGCUGGAGGGGACUGAUCCGUCUGCUCAGGUCGGUGGACUGAUCGUGAAGAAGAAGAGUGCAGCAGCAGAGCCUCAUGUCUUCAGAGCACCGACUCCUCGAACCUCUCUGCUCGGUUUGGAUCUGCUGGCAGCCCAGAAAAGGAAGGAGAGAGAGGGAAAAGAACAGACAGAUAGUAGCAGAGAUGAGAGAAAUACUAAAAGGUCAAAAGUUUCAUCCUACAAGGACUGGGAAGAGGGGAAAAGUGACUCUGGAUCUGAUGAAGAAGAGGAUGUAAAUGACAAAAGUGAGAAGAAGGAGAGGUGAGUGUCUCCAUGAUAGUUUUUAACAUGGACAAAAAGGCGAGAAAUUCUGAAAACGCUUGUGGAUUCUUUGAUUAAAGGUACAUGAUUUCUCUAACCUAGGAGCUACUUACUGUCACAUUAUGGAUAUUGAAUCCAUGGAGUUAAGAUUUUGAUGUGGAGAUUUUGUAAAUUUUUACUUGUGGGUUUUCUAGACAAGAAUGUUGAAUCUUUCUGAAAUUAUACGAUGUUGUUUGGCACUUAUCAUAAAAAUACACAAGUACAGAUACGAUUAGAGGGGGUGGAUAUUGAAAGAGUAUAUGAAAACAAGUUUCUUGGGGUGAUAUUGAUGAUAAAAUAAACUGGAAGUCUCACAUAAAACAUGUGCAAAGUAAACUGUCAAGACGCAUUUCAGUCCUGAGCAAAACAAAACACAUUCUGGACCAAAAAUCACUACAAGUUUUCUACUGUUCACUGAUUUUACCAUAUUUACACUGCUAUGCAGAGGUUUGGAGAAAUACUUACAACUGUACAAUACAAUCACUAUCUGUACUGCAGAAAAGAGCCAGAAGAAUCAAUCAUAAUACCAGUUGUAGAGAUCACACAACUUCACUAUUCUUAAAAUCAAAAACAUUCAAAUUCACUGACUUGGUUCACUUUCAAACAGCACAAAUCAUGUACAAAGCAAUAAGCACUCUACUGGCUGGAAAUAUCCAAAAAUAGUUUUUUAACAGAGCUGGGGGUUAUCAUCUUGAGGGGGGACUUUAACCUAAGGCAUCAGCGGGCAGGUACAACAUUAAAAAGUUUUUGUGUUUCUGCUUGUGGAGUAAGGUUGUGGAACAGAUUAGGUGUGGAGCGUUGUCCAAGCAUGACCCAGUUUAAAAAGUGGUACAAAACAUGGUUCUCACCAGGUACAGGGAGGAAGAAAGGCUUUAACGAUUGUUUUUUUUCACAAAUGAUUAAUGUACUUAUUUACUCUAUUUAUGUUCUAUUUUCUUUGUUAAUGUAAUGUAAAUAUACUGGAGACUGACAGUUUGUUGAGUAGAGGAGAAGGGGUAGGUUUAAAAAAAAUCAUAUGCUUCAUCCUGCUCCUUUUUGGACAUGUUGGGUUCAUAUUAUUAUUAGUAAUAUUUUUAUCUUUUUUUUUUGCUUUGAUUAUUGUUAUUGUAGCUUUGAAUAUUCUCACUGGUUUUGUUUGUUUGUUUUCAGUUUACUUUUGUGUUGCACACACAUGUUCGAAAAAAAUAAAUAAAUGAAAUGAAAUACCUAAUAUCACAUUAACAAACAGUACUGGCAUUAAAUAGCAUGACUAACGAAUAAUAUUUCAUGUCAGCCUUUCCAACAGAAAGUAUCGUGUGACCGGCUCAGAGACUCCUUCAAACCCUGGAGGUGUCAGCGAGGAGUUCCGACGCAGAACCCAGCAAAGAGAGAAAGACAGGCGGGAGCAUGGAGUGUAUGCCUCCUCGAAAGAGGAUAGGAACAGAGAGAGAGAGAGGAGCAAAGAUAAAGGAAGGGAACGCAGAAGUGAAAGAGGUAAAUAUGUGUUGGAGCAGCUGUACUUUUUGGGGUCAUCCUACAGCAUUUAUCAACAAAACAAAAUCUCAAUAUCUGUGGGUGUAAGCUUGGUAGAUGAACAAAUCUGCCUACUCUUUCUGUGUCAUAUUCCAGCAAAUUCUGUGUUGGAGCUCUGAGCAAUUACAUUUUGAGCAGCUGGACAGAUAGUUUUUCAUUUAGAGUUUUUCUCCCCAUAUAUUAUUAUUGUAAAGAUAGCAAACAAACAGAAGCAAACUUUCAAUCAGUUUGGGUUGUUGAGAGUAUAUUUCUUUUGUGUUUUUCUGUCAGAUGAGCGUGAGGGCAGCCGAAACCGUGGCAGCAGCAGCAGUCGUUCAGAGCGAGGUGAAAGGAGCGAACGCUCACAGAGGGAUGGCUGGUCUGAUCGUAUCAGCCGGGGCACAAAAAGAGAUGAACCUCUGACACCACAGCAUCGGCCCAGAGGUAGUGCUUCUUAGUUUGAUUUUUUAAAAUUAAUUCUAGUUUCUGUCUUGUACUUAGUGGGUUGAGUGCACUCAUUCUGUUUUUUUAUAGACGCUUUCACACCCUCACACUCAAACUGGGAGGAGGAUGACAGUGGUUAUGCCAGUACACGGCAAUCCCAGUGGGAGUCUCCAUCUCCUGCCCCGUCCCACAGAGAGUCAGAUCGUUCAGAGAAAAGCCAUCGCUCUGGCCGAGAGAGUGAGAGAAGAGACCGGUAAACAACUUCACUUGAUAAAACUUUGAUACAACUUUUAUGCCUCUGGAUACACAAUCGAGGUUUCAUUGAUGAAGUUUUAAAAAUCAAAAGUUACAUAAUGCGAGGAAGAUCACAUGAUGAUUCUGUGCUGAAACUAUAUUACAUAAAACAUGAAAAUAUUCCUCCGUAACAAUGAAAUAUACAGGGGAACGUUUUAAACUGUACCUGUCGAGUUUGAAAAAUAUAUUUUACUACAAACUGUCAUCAAAAUAUGUUUUUUAAGACCUGUCGCAGUCUACAGAAGACACCUUGCUGCUGAGUUUCUUAUGCUUUUACUGUCUGCUGCGUACUCAGGUCAGUCAGAGGCCGAUACCUUGAAGACACACCCCUGCCAACGCCGUCAUACAAGUACAAUGAGUGGGCCAACGACAGAAGACAUUUGGGUUCUACACCUCGUUUGUCACAAGGAAAAGGUACUAUUCUAAAGAAUUCGCCAUUUUGUGUUCAUGCGUAAGAUUUGGGUUCUUUAUGACCCUUAACGUUUCUCUCCUGCCUCUGCUUUAGGUAGGAAAGAUGAAAAUGAGGGAGGAAUCAUGUUUGAUAAUGAGGACGAGAAAGAGCAGUGGCAGGAGGACCAGAAGGUGAGUUUCACAGCUAUUAUUCAUGUAUUCCUCACCGAGGCUGUUAACUGUCAUCUAGUGGUAAGAUUUUUCCCCCCUCAACAUCUCUCAUUGGCUCUCUGUUUUGCAGCAAGCUGACAGGGAUUGGUACAUGAUGGAUGAAGGCUAUGAUGAGUUCCACAACCCUUUCACUUCAACCUCUGAUGAUUAUGUGAAGAAGAGAGAGCAGAUCCUUCAGAAGCAGACUCAAAAAAGAAUUUCUGCCCAAAAACGACAAAUCAAUGAGGUACAAUCACUCUGCGUUGUGUUCACCUAGAUGUCUGAUUUGACUUGUUGGUGCAUCUGUCUGUGUGUGGCUAUGUUUUAGUCACAGGUUGUGUUUCUUGUCCCAGGAUAAUGAGCGGUGGGAGACCAAUCGUAUGCUGACAAGUGGGGUGGUACAAAGGUUGGAGGUGGAUGAAGACUUUGAAGAGGACAAUGCAGCUAAGGUUCACCUGCUGGUUCACAACCUGGUUCCUCCCUUUCUUGAUGGAAGAAUAGUCUUCACCAAGCAGGUACACAUGACCUGAAUAGUUCAUGAUCCAGGCUGCGCUAUAAUAAUCCAAAGCCUCAGAUAUCAGAAUUUUGGUUUUGUUUCAAGUGUUUGUAUAUUCAUUUUCCUCCUGCAGCCAGAACCUGUCAUCCCUGUGAAAGACGCUACCUCCGACAUGGCCAUCAUCUCUCGUAAAGGAAGCCAGCUUGUCCGGAAACAUCGUGAGCAGAAAGAACGCAAGAAGGUGGGCUGAAUCUAUCACUGUAUAAAUGUUGAUGAAAUCUGACAUACUGAAUACCCAUACUGUCAUUAGAAUAAAAUACACAACGUAUCAUUGAUUGGCAAAUUUAAAUCAAAUACUGUUUGUUUUUCACUCUUUGCUGCUGUGAAAUGUUCCCGGGGCAUGCUGGUGUACAAUUCUCUCAUUGUUAAUGCUAAUGCUGUCUCGCUUUAUCGGUCUAAUAGAUAGUGUAUCUAUAAUUUUAGUGAAUGAGGACAUUUAAACUGUAAGCUACCAGGAGACAGCUGAUGUAGAAUAUGUCAAAAACAGCCGCAGGGAGCAUAUCAUUUCAACACACAUCAAGAUUGCUAUAUUUGUGUCUGCUGUUAGAAAUUAUCAUCUGAUCUGAUUGUAAAAAAUACAUCUUCAGGCACAGCACAAACACUGGGAGCUGGCAGGGACCAAGUUGGGAGAUAUUAUGGGCAUCAAGAAGACUGAGGAAGCAGACACUUCAGGAGGCCAGCCUGUCGGUGAGGAUGGCAAAGUGGACUACAGGUAAACAGACUGCCUUUGCUAAGUUUGAAGUUGUAUGAUAUUAUAAAUUGUCUUUUGUAGUAAUUUAACCUCAGGAAGAACUCUAAGAACCACACAAUCAGCGUUACUGACCUGCAGAAUAACAAUUUUUGGUAAUUUUUCCCUCUUAGGGCAGAGCAGAAAUUUGCGGACCACAUGAAAGAAAAGUCUGAGGCAAGCAGUGAGUUUGCUAAGAAGAAGAGUCUGCUGGAGCAAAGACAGUACCUGCCUAUUUUUGCCGUCCGACAGCAACUACUAAACAUCAUAAGGUAGCACUCGUGACUUAUUUUUCCUUUACAUCAUAUUUGCAUCACUGUAAAGAUUUAUUUUUGACUGAACACUAAACCUCAAUAUUUGAUCGUCUUGUUCGGGGUCUGCAGGGACAACAGCAUCGUCAUCGUUGUAGGUGAGACCGGCAGUGGAAAGACCACUCAGCUGACUCAGUAUUUACACGAGGAUGGUUACACAAGCUACGGCAUGGUGGGCUGUACGCAGCCCCGCAGAGUGGCAGCCAUGAGUGUGGCCAAGAGAGUCAGUGAAGAGAUCGGCACUAACCUAGGAGAGGAGGUGAGACAGCUGUCUCUAAAUGGGGGAGAAUAUUUGUGCUUUUGUCUGGUUAAGACAAGAGGAAAGAGUACGAGAACAUGUAUGACCCUCGCUUCACAUUUCUCAGCGUGAUCUGGUAAAAUAUAAACCAGUAAGCAAGCACAUUGUUGUAAAUGUUGACUUUGUAAGGUAAGAUGAGAAACUUGUGGAAGAUUCGCUGAUAAGCAGGAAGCCACUUUACUCAUAAUAAGCCAAAAGAUUUCAAUAGCUUACAAGUAAAGUCCUAAGUUCCAUAUGCCUUGAUUUGGCCUUGUAACAGAGUAUUCCAUUCCUACAAGCUAUUAGGAACUUACAUGCUGUGUGACAUUGCCACCUAGUGGACAAAUCAUAAAUAUCAAGUUCCUCUGGUCUCAAAUGUGGCUGUGUCUGAACUGAGGAGCAUGAUAAAUAAAUAACAGGUGGAGCUUGCAUCAGAUAGUUCUCUUAGGGUAAUUGGGUUAUUUUCACUUUUCCUCUAACCUAUAACUGUUGUCCUCACAAGUUAUCUUGAGUUUACGUGUAUAUUUUUUCCCCCUGUAGGUGGGCUAUGCCAUUCGUUUUGAGGACUGCACAUCAGAGAAAACAUUGAUUAAGUACAUGACCGAUGGUAUCCUGCUCAGAGAGUCACUGCGAGAGUCAGACCUGGACCACUACAGUGCUGUUAUCAUGGAUGAAGCUCACGAACGCUCUCUGAAUACUGAUGUGUUGUUCGGUCUGUUACGUGAGGUCAGUACCAAUCCCCCUUACAGAUUUCAUUUAGUUAUUUUCAGGAUAGACACACUGUGUCUCAAUGAAAGAUUCCCCUGUUCUUGUUGAUUGUUUAUGUGAUUUUAUUCAGUUUUCUCUUUUCUGUCUGCUGUUUCCUAUCAGGUUGUGUCUCGACGCACUGAUUUGAAGCUGAUAGUUACUUCUGCUACCAUGGACUCUGACAAGUUUGCUUCAUUUUUUGGCAACGUACCAAUAUUUCACAUUCCAGGAAGGACGUUUCCAGUAGACAUCCUAUUUAGCAAGGUAUGUAGGUAGGCCUGUACACACUGCUUCAUCUGGACAUUGUGCUAUUCUACAAUCCCUUUGGCAGUCUGAGUCCAUUACUAUUAUUAUUCCAUAAUUUAGGAAUCAUUGUGAAAAUGUUACAAUGACUUCCUCAGAAAGACUUAAAUAUUGAUUUUCUCUAAAAUAACACACAAGAUUUCUAGUUCAGGUUUUUCAAAUGUAUGCUGUGGUGAUUGUAGGUGUUUAAGCCGUUUUGUUUUUAUUUUUUUGCAUUGUGUUGUCUAGACCCCUCAGGAGGACUAUGUGGAGGCAGCAGUGAAGCAGGCCUUGCAGAUCCACCUUAGUGGGAUGAUGGGAGACAUCCUGAUCUUUAUGCCCGGGCAGGAGGACAUCGAGGUGAGGGGCAUGCUGUAGGGUUGCCAUAUAAACUGAUCUUGCAUACAGAAGGAGUGUGACUUUAAUUACUUGUACUUAUGUCAAUAAACCAAGGCAUUUUUGACUCAAAUCCAAAUGAAGGUUAGUCCCAUAAGGUCGUGUGAAAUAUUUCCUCAGUCGUCUGAAUCCUGGUUCAUGUUUAGCUGUUUUAUUUGUGCCCCACUUUAAGUAAAAAAUAGCAAAAGUGUCUCCUGUCAAAAGUGUUGUUUUUUUUCCAUGUUGUUUCCAUAUUUGGAAUGAGACAUAUUUCUGUCUUUGUAGGUGACAUCUGAUCAGAUUGUGGAGCGGCUGGAGGACUUGGAGAAUGCUCCUGCUCUGGCAGUGCUGCCCAUCUACUCCCAGCUACCCUCUGACCUCCAAGCAAAGAUCUUCCAGAAGGUUUGCAUCUGUGUUUGACAAGGAUUUUGCAUACAGUUUAGACUUGUGAUCUAUGAAUACAAGUAAGAAACAGAAAGAUGACGACUUUUGUCUUCUUUGCUAGGCUCCAGAUGGUGUGAGGAAAUGCAUCGUUGCAACCAACAUCGCUGAGACCUCUCUCACUGUGGAUGGAAUCAUGUUUGUCAUCGAUUCAGGAUACUGCAAACUGAAGGUUUGUCAGAUUAUGUCACUUUGUCAGAUUAUGUGUUUUUUUUCUUUACACACUUGGUCCUCAAAAGUAUUGCACUGUAUUGAAAAAGUUUAAAGCGAUCCUAAACCAUUUAAUUUUUUUUGUUUACAGGUUUUCAAUCCUCGCAUUGGUAUGGAUGCUCUACAGGUUUAUCCCAUCAGCCAAGCCAACGCCAACCAGCGUUCUGGCCGAGCAGGACGUACAGGACCAGGGCAGUGUUACAGGUGAGGGCUAUCGACUUAGAUCUGUGUGAUACAAAAAGUUUUUGUUCCAGUCAGGGAGACAAGAUAUGCAUUUGUUAUCCACUUUGUUUCCAAUCUCAGAAUUACUGUUGUUUACAUUUGUUUUCCCCCAUUAGUUAUUUACAAUGUAUUAAAUGAUUUUAGUGGAGGUUUUAGUAUUACUAUCUGGCUUACAUCUCAAACCAAAUAUAUGUCUCUCUGUGUUUCCCUCUGUGCCCUUCUUUCUGUCCAGGCUUUACACUCAGAGUGCCUAUAAGAACGAGAUGCUUACUACCACCAUACCAGAGAUCCAGAGGACCAACCUGGCCAAUGUCGUCCUUCUGCUAAAGUCUCUGGGAGUUCAAGAUCUGCUCCUCUUCCACUUCAUGGAUCCACCACCUGAGGACAACAUGCUUAACUCCAUGUACCAGCUCUGGAUCCUGGGAGCUUUAGACAACACAGGUAGGAUGGUGGAAAAGUUGUAAUUACCAAUAGCAUCAUAAUGUAAUUUCAUGUUUUUUAAGAUAUUUUGCAUUUACAUGGAAAAUUUUCCCAUAGGCUUUUUAUUUAACAUCCUAGUUUUACAGUAUUAUAUUUUACUGUAACGUAAUAUACAGUGUAGGUUACUUGACCUGUUGGUGUAUAUGUUUUACAGCUCAAAAUUGGUGUUUAGACGGACACUAGAAACAUGACAAACAAUAAGAAUCAGAAUAAAUGCUAUCAAAACAUGAUUUAAAAAAAGGGACUCAGGGCUCCACCAAUCAGAAUACAGCAAGAGAGAGAAACAUCGAUAAAUGACGAAGGAACUAUCACCCAGUUAAUUACCUCAGAAUAAAACCAAAGUAAAAACAGUAUAAAACAGAAAAUAAUAAAUUGUGCGUCUGCAGUGUGUGUUAAAAUAGUAAAUUAGUAUAUACUGCAUGUGUGUUUAUAUACAAAGAAAGGAAGGAAACAUGCUUAAAAAAUGCUUUUUAUUAUUAUUGAUAGGUAGUUUUGCAGCAUUCUGGUGAAUUCAUUGAUUUUUAUUAUUAUUAUUAUUUUUAUUUUUUUUAACCCAAACUUUAUAGCGAAGUAGACCAAGAAGAUCUGUUAUUUAUUGUUACCAAAUGAAAAAGGUAUCACCCAGUUUUGGCACUACAAGGAUAGUGUAGCCAAUUCUCAAUACAUUCAGUGCACAUUUCUAGGCUGGUUUACUGCCAAUUCCAUUAUCAAUUUUUGCGGGAAUAAUAAUCUGUUUGUCUGUAAUUUAUCAGUAAAUUAGGAAGUGAGGGAAUAUACUCAGAUACCUCGUCUCAUCUGGCCUGCAGCCUGUUAACUGUCAUAGUAGAACAUGAAAACAAGCAAAGUGUGGCAUGGGAACACAUGAGUAGAGGGAAACAGAGACGUUUAUUCAUCAGUUAUAAAAAGUAGGGCUGCAACUAUUAUUUUAAUAAUCGGUCGAUUAUUUUUUUCGAUUAAUCGAUGAAUUGGAUACAAAAACAUUUUUUGAUUUACACCUCUUGAUUUUAAAAAGAAACAUUUGAACUGACAGAGAAAAUAAGUGCACAAAAAACAGGUUGCUGCUUGAAUGUUCUGUUACAAAAAUAUUGAAUAAUAAAGGUUAUUCUGUUUUUGUUGAUUUAUCAGUCCUCACUUACAAAAUGUGGGGAGUAUCGUGAUUAAAUGGUGUCUCAGCUUUCUUUCCCACUGCUUUUUCUUAGUAAGCCUCAAAAGGCAAAGCCAAGUCUCAUGUACAGUCGGGCUCAAGAACAUAAAUCAUCCUCUUUUUUGAGAUGAAGUUGAAUCUAUGACAUAAAAAAAGUGGGGUUUUAAGCGCUGUAUUCCUCCCCCGGCUGUGCUUUGAGCUGCUGCAGACACACAGUGAUGCUGACACCACAAACACAGGCAGGAGACCGGCUGUUUAGUGGAUGCUGCCGUGCCGUGGCGAUGCAGACGCUGCAAACAGGCCUGGAGGACUGGGUUGCGAGGUUUAGCCAGUGGAGUAAUUGCCUAGUAACUGAUCCUGUGUUUGAUUUGACUGGCCAAGUCUCAUUUCUGUCUCAUCCUUAGCCAGAUUCCAGGGGAUUUAGGGAUUUGAGGAUAAGGGGGGACUUUUGAUGAUUCCCUGUAUAGUGUGUUAACAGCAGAUUAUCUCUGAUUAAGGCUUACCUGCCCCAAACUGGCUGCUCUGCUUCUCUGCUUUUCCUCCCCAUAAGCUUCUUAGACUCUGUCGUCUAAUCAUUUAAAUCAGAAGCAGCAAAGUUUUUGAUCUCACUCUCUCUCUCUUUUUCUUUACAAGUAUUCUCAGCUGUCAGCAGUUCAUCCUCCUCUCUCACGGUGUUAGACAAAUAAGUGUCACUUUAUGCCGGCUUCUCCAUCACGCCUGCAGGCUUUUGAUGGAAAAGAAGCUUAUCGCUCGUCUUGUGCUCAUUCCCCCCUUAGUUCUUCACGUCUCAUGCAGUUUGAUUCACUGCUACCUCAUGUGUGACCCUGUAAUUGUGUUUUGUUUUUCGUCUUCUCAGGUGCUUUGACACCAACAGGACGUCUGAUGGUGGAGUUUCCCCUGGACCCUGCCCUCUCAAAGAUGCUGAUUGUGUCAUGUGACAUGGGCUGCAGCGCUGACAUCCUUAUAAUUGUCUCCAUGCUGUCAGUACCGGCCAUCUUCUACAGACCAAAGGUAGGUUUGCACUUUAUGGACAGAUACAACAGAUCACAUUUGGUGUGUGAUCAGAAUGGAUCAUGUGAGAGCCACUGAUCAAUCAAAACCUAUCAAGUUAUAACUCGGUUUUGCUAUAUGUUGAAGCACCGCCUCUGUCUCUAGACCAGUAUGAGCAUGAGAAAGAUGCUCAUCUGUCUGUCUUUAGAAAACAGCGGACAACACCAGAGGCUGCAAUGUGGCACAUGUGCAGCAGAGCCACUGAAGGUUUCCUAGUGUGCUUUUUUCUUGAUAAACUUAUUGAUGAAGAACUAGGACAGAUGUCCCUCCAGGCCCUUAACCUUGGAUAAAAGCCUCAGAUGAUAAAAACUGGGUUUAGCAACAGAGUUGAUUCGUUGAUCCAAUUUAAAAUCAUUGUCAAGAUUUAAAACUGGGUUUGAAAUAAGGUGAAAGAGGUUCUUGCUCCCUGAGAGGUGCCUCCUGGAAUUUUUUUAAAAACCAGAAACUUUGCAGGUUAGCGACCCCACACAUGGGGACCACAGUCCUCACAGCGGUCGGGGUUUGAAUCCAGCCCCCAUCAUGUACUGUAUGUCCUCCCACCUCUUUCUUUCUCCCCACUGUCAAUAAAAGGCUAAAAUUGGCCCAAAAAAAUACUUUAAAAAAAAAAAUCUUGUGAAACAUUUACCUCAACUACAAGCAAAGUGUUGCUUUUCAAAACAACGUACCAACAUUUUAAAUCCGUUGUUUGCUAACUCACAGUUUGUAUUUCCAAAAGUCAUUCAUUUAACCUUCCUCCUGUGUUAGUUUUUACCUGUAAAUGACACUAAAAAAAAUUAUUCAUCAUCCAGUUCAGCUCUCAUCUCUUGGUUACCUUGUUAGGCUUCAUUAUCCAUGAAAAUAUUGCUAAUAAUAUUUUUUAUUGUGGGCCUCUUUCUCUGAGCCUUUCUUUGUUAGUGUACCCCUCACACAGACAUCUAUACUGAACUGAUCUCACGUGUCUGGACAUGCACAACAUUGUUUUUUGUGCAGGGAAAAAACAGGCAAAAUGAGAAUUUCCUAAAUCUCACAUGAUUGGAGGAGGAUCUGACUGUCAGUGUGGUGUCUGACAGUGGACUUAUGAUUUCAUUUUUUGCUCUAAUUAUUAGAUAUUGAUCUAACCGGGUCAACAGUGACCCUAACACGACAAGUGCCAUAAUUCUAAUAAGAGCAUUUUAUGUUAUUAUUUAAUUAAGUUUUUUUUGUUUUCAUUUUGUUGAAAUAGAGGUUCCUGACAAAGUCAAAAAGUCUUGAUGAAAAAAACUUAUUUAAGUGGUUCUUUUAAGCAUUUAAAAACAAAAACGGGUCGGUGCAGACCCUUACACAGGAGGAGGGUUCAUGUGAAAUGAUAUUUUUCCUUUUACAGUUAAAGAAAUACAACCUCAAGAAUUUUUUAAAAAUUUUCAGUGAGAUUUAGAAAACUCAUUCUUUGUGUCUGUGCAGGGUCGUGAGGAGGAAAGUGACCAAGUAAGGGAGAAGUUCUCAGUCCCAGAGAGUGACCACCUGACGUACCUGAAUGUCUACAUGCAGUGGAAGAACAACAAUUACUCCAGCGUGUGGUGCAACGAGCACUUCAUCCACACCAAGGCUAUGCGCAAGGUGAGACUCUCCCUAUCCGUCUCCUCUUGUCUCCUGGGGGGGAAUCUGUCAAUUUUCUUGUUUUUAUUAAAUCAGUAUUUCUAAAGUCGCCUGCAAAUGUAACAGGUUUUCUCCUAAAAGCAGUCAUACGAUUAACCCUAAAACAAUUCAUUACUAGUCAGCAGCUGGAAUGAAUUGUUUAUGUUCCACCUUCAACACGCCGUACUUCUGUGCAGGUGCGUGAGGUGCGGUCCCAGCUGAAGGACAUCAUGGUGCAGCAGAGGAUGAACCUGGUAUCCUGCGGGUCAGACUGGGACAUCAUCAGAAAGUGCAUCUGUGCUGCUUACUUCCACCAGGCUGCCAAGCUCAAGGUACUUUGUGCACUCUGGGUUUCCCUCAGUUAAUAUGCUGCGCCUAGUGGCUACUGGUUGUGGCAGAUUUAUAGCAGCAUAAUUACAGAGUAGUGAAAUAUCCCUCCUGGCCUCACAUUAAUACAGCGCUAAAAUCUGAAAGGGAAUUUGAAAUCAUGACUAUAUAAUCAGGGCUUUCCGUUUGACUUAUGAGUCGCUGGCUAACCCAAGCAAUCGGAGCAGUGUUGGAUAUACUUCAAAUUUAUUUUCCCGCUGUCUAAGCCAGGUGGAGAAGCAAAUUAACCCAGGGGACCAGCUUUGCUCUGACCUUAACACGCACAAACACACACACACACACACACACACACACACUGAGAGCAACACACACACACUGUUAGACUUCAGUGCACGACACACAAGGCCCCAUUUUCCUGUCCAGAAAUUCAGACUCAAAUGUUUAAUUUGUUAUUUAUGUCUGUGUUUGCUUCUAGGGCAUCGGUGAAUAUGUGAACGUGAGGACAGGCAUGCCAUGUCACCUCCACCCCACCAGCUCCCUGUUUGGCAUGGGCUACACUCCAGACUACAUCAUCUACCACGAGCUGGUCAUGACAACCAAGGUACGAAGUCUGUCCGCUGUAAAACUUAGCCAGCCUGAAAACAUAUAAAGAUGCAUGUUUGCUCAUUUGAAACCUCUACUUUGUCCUGAAGGAGUACAUGCAGUGUGUGACGGCUGUGGACGGGGAGUGGCUGGCAGAGCUGGGGCCGAUGUUUUACAGCAUCAAACACGCAGGAAGAAGCCGACAGGUAAGGCCGGACAACUUUUUGAAUGUCUUUUACACUAGCCAUGUUUACAUGGGCAAAAUUUCUUCAUCCCAUUGAAAAUUUAAGGGAUCGGAAAAUCGGUAUCCACUGUUUGUGUGGGCGCAAAAUCAAAUAAUCCAAUCAUGACGUGCGUAUACAUGCACCGAGCUUUAUUCAGAUUAGAAGCAUUUGGACAUGCGCAGAGUUGUCUGAUUUCGCUAAAACAACCGCAGAAGAAGAAGAGUUGUAUUCACGCCUGUGCUGUCAACAAACAAACAAACAAACAAACGCAGUAGUGGCUCACUCCAUCCAAUUCAGGAGUUUUCCCCGUGUUAAAUGUUGUUACUAGAUGGCGCUCUUGCGUACUUAUUUUACUGUUCGAUCAAAGGUUGCUCUGUGCGUGCAGAUGUGACAUUAUAAUGCUGUUUGUACGCCUUGUUAUGUUAUUAGAGGAGCACACACGGCACCUGCGGUCAGAGUGUUAAUAAUGAAACCUCCUGUACUGACCUCAAUAAAUAAGCCAAAACCUAAAAAGUAAAGAUCGAGUCAGGUUCAAGAGUCACGAUUAGAAUAAGUGUUUACAUAGACGUGUUUCGGAAUAACAAUCGGCAUAAACCACUCCUUUCGAUAGGAAUACAAUUUCUUUCUGAUUGGUCCGAAUUGGAUCAGAAUCUUCCGAUCGACAUGUUUAUGUGACACUUUUUUAUUCCGAUCAGGCAUUUAUUCCGAUUGUUUAUGCACAUGUAAAUGCAGCUAGUUUCAACUUAACAAUACCUUCACACUAACAGAACUAGGCCCGUGAAAAACUUAUUUCCACUAUCUGGUGUGGAGGAACUUGAAUAGCCUGCAUGUUCUAGUCUGGGACACAGAGUGGGUCCAGUAAACCUUAUCACCCAGCUUUUGUGGCUAGGCUCCAAAACGUCUCGUAAAUAAGUUUUCUGGAGGAUAUUACAGACUGUUGUGUAGGAAUUAGAUGUUAAAAAGCCAUAUUUUGUUCAAGUUUGGACCCCACACACUUCUUGUAGUGUCACCGUAAACGCACAUCUACUGUACUGUACUCGUUAUAUUUUUCUGUAACUGCUUCACGUCUCUGUGUGUUGCUCUCCAGGAAAACCGUCGCCGGGCCAAGGAGGAGAUCACCAACAUGGAGGAGGAGAUGUCUCUGGCUGAGCAGCAGCUGCGAGCGCGUCGAGAUGAGCAGGAGAAGAAGAACACUGGUAGUGUUCGGUGAGUCUAUAUCUGACGCUCUUCUUUGUGCCUCCUCAUCACACACGGGCCUCCUCCAACAAUAGUUCCCCCAUGGCCCUCAUUUUCCAUACACAGUCAAGAUAGAAACGUUUAAUUUACCUACCUCGCUGCCAAUCCAUAUCUCCACCUCUCCCUUCUUCUCCCCCCUCUCCCACUCUCUCUGCUCACCCUCUCUCACUCUUCAUGAUGAGCUUUUCUCACCUCUGGUCCCCACAGACGAGACAAAAAGAAAUAAUAUUGACUCCUGGCUGACCCCCAUUACUGCAGCAAUUUAAAUUGUGCCAUAGCAGACCAGAGAAAGGAGGGGAACGUUCAAUUUCAAAUUAGACCAAAAAAUUAAUUUCACACCCAUCUGCCAGCUUUAUAGAGAGAAAUAAGGUUAUAAAGACAGACUUAAAAAAAGAACUUUUAUUGUUAAUUAAUCGUCUGGUUUAUCUCUCUGAGUUUGUGUGACCACUUCUGUAACAGAUCUGUUGAAAAUAAUCACACUCGAGGUAUGGGAUUAAGAAUUAGAUUUAAGCGGAAGAAGCAGGAUGUGUGAUAAUGAAAGGCAUCGGCUCUCCUGGGCUCUCGGCUGCUUUUGUCCUCUGGCAGGCCUCACAAGCAUCCCCUCUAUGAAUUCACUGCGACCAGGAUGGAAGAUUUCGUCAGGCUGCUUAUCACCUGACUCCCUGCUCACCAGCACGGAUCAGUGGUGUGAAGUAGGAAACGGUGAAGGAAGUUGUGUUGUUGAGAAAAGUGGGAUAGUGAGCCGUUGUUUUUGGAUUGUGUAGAUCAGUGUAGUUCCUUUAAUUUGAAGCAGCUGAAUGGUGAUACCAAGAGUUUCUGCUCCUUAAAUGUAGCUUCAUAAGGGUUAUGUAGGGUUAUAAGACCACUGAAAUAUGUUUAAAAGAUGAUUAUACAAGUGCAAGAGUUGGUUCAUUUGUUUUUAAAGUGUCAUGCACACAAAGUGCCCAACCCACAUGGGUUUAUAAGACACUAAAUAAUAUCAACAGACAGCAUUGCAUAAUGUGUAAACCGUAAAAAAAAGAGGAAAAGGAAAAACAUACAAGUAUACAUACAAUUAUAUCUACGCUCAUAAGCCACAUAAACUCAAAUCAAAUGUACAGCACAUAUUUCUCUCCUUUCCCAGAGCUUUAAAAAAAUAAAGUUAGAUGUAUAAAAAACUCCUAUUUUAACACAAGAUUCAAGUUUCUCAUAGGCAUCUAGGCAGGGUUCCUACACAAGUAUGGAAAGUAUGGAAAAAUAUUUAUAUUUAGUCGGUAUUUCCAAAAAUAAGUCUAAAGAUCAGGGUACGGAAAAGUAUGGAAAUUCCAACUGUGUAGGAACCCUGUACAAAGUAAAAGAAAUCAUCGGAUAACAAACUCAUUUUCUUGAAAAAUAUAUGUCUAAAUUCGUCAUACAGAGGACAAAGGAACAUGAAAUGAAUCUCAUUUUCUCAUUUUCCUGUGUGUCUCAACAGCCAGUGGUAAAGUGUCCAAACACAACUGAGCACAAAGGGAUCUUUGAGUUCGACUUAAAUUUUGUUUAACAUAUUUUUCCACUUCAUAUAUGAUUUUUUAUAAGACAGUAGGUUCUUAAUUUGGGUUUAUUCAGUAUUUCUACACACCAUCUCUCUUUAUAUUGUUCAAAAAAUGUAUUUUUAAUAUCUUGAAUAUUUCAACCGAGGUUUAUUAUGAAAUAUAUAUUUAAAAAAAAUCAGCAAUAGAAAAUAAAGAUUUCAUCUCACUGGCCCAAGGAGACAUAUUCGAUAUCUCCCAGUUAAAUAACUUUGACUUGGAUUUACUGGUGUUGCUCCUCUGAGGGACUUUAGGUUUGUGUUGGUUUUGGUGCCCCCUGUGGACAGUGGGUGUAACAAUAGCUCUGCUGAUCUUUUGGUAUUUUUGUUUAACUGUUUUCUGUAAAAAAUCUCAUCAUACUUUUUUUGAAAUAUGAGUGAUACAUUUCACCGUAUCACUCAUCCUCAACAUUUGCAGUGGAAAUAAGGAUUUCUCUUUUGACAUCUACCCCCCUGGCAUUGGUUACAGGCAAUAAAAUUUAAAACGCAGAAAUAAACAAUCUUGUAGCAGAUCAUUAAGAGGAUUCAGUCUCAGUCAUAAUUUUAGUCUUUUUUAAAACUAGUUAUAAAAAAACCUCACAGGAGCUUUAAGAUUUUCUACUUCCCCUUAAGUUGGUCAGAAAAAAAAACACAUUUUCAUUUUCACCUGCAUUUUCAACAAAAAAGAUCAAACAAUAAUGAAGCUUAUGUGUAUAUUACAUACUUCAGGAUACACAAGUUUUUUUGGUGUAUUUUUUUCACAACAACUGCAGAUGAUAAGUUUCUGUGGUGUCGCAGUUUAGCUACAGAAUCAUCAAGAAAAGUCUAUUUUAAGUAAAAAUGUCCCAGAUUUAAACUCGUGCUAAUUUUAAGAGUUUAAAAUUUUCUGAUUAUUCCUCGAGACAAUGAAAACCAGCAGAUCUGUGGAUUAAAUGGGCUUCCUAAAACGUAGCACCAUGAUGUGCCAUUGUGCCAUAUGCUCUGAUGAAAAAUAGUCGUGAUUUUUCGUGAAGGAGCCCCCCAGAGAGAGAGUUUUCCAGAUCCAGUAAAUCUGCUGUGGCAGACUCGGCCGCCUGUGUUUUGAGCGCGCAGACAGAGAGAGGGGGACACAGUGACAGAAGGGGGUUAUGGCCUGAUGCUUGUAAUUGCUGUAGGUGUGUGUAAGGCAGGAGAGAGAGAUAGAGAUGAGGGAAGUGUGGGCAGUGUCAGGGUGUCACGCUGCUGUAAUUAAAGAUGAUAGAUUUGCUGUCAGAGGCGUCAGGCUCUACUUCCCAAGACUCGUCCCAGAGACAUCAGCCCGCCUGUUCAGCCUCGUCUGGUCCUGCUGCUUUCAUGUUCACGCUCACAUUCAGCCUCAUGUGACAAAUGUUAACAAAACACAAGAAAAAUUAGCCUUGGUUGCAUCAGUGGAAAAAAAAUAAAAAUCCUCUCAAUCCUUUCUGUUUCAGGGGAGUGAAAAUCUGCACACCAGGGAGGAAAGAAGAAGCCCCCAUGACACCCAGGCGCACCCCUGCCCGCUUUGGACUGUAGAAAAACUGUAAAGCUGUAAACCACGCUGACUUCUUUAGACUCAUCUUCAUUCAGAAUCGGACCACAAAUGUACAAUGUCACUGCCACCUGCCUUCUGUCCCCUCACAGCAUGGCCACAACCACCUGCAGUUCAUGUGCAGACCACUAGAGUGAGAACUUGUAUAAGGCAAAGACACAAAUAGGAGCCAGGUCCUUCAAAAUGCCCACCUGCACCUUUAUCAACAAAUAGCUUUCACAUGAUAAAAUGGAAGAUUCGUGUAUAUUCUGUAUUUAUAGGCGUAAGUGUUUUUACUGAAGUCUCUUCAAUGAUUAUUUCUGAGCUGGAAACAUUUAAUUUUCUAUGUUCUUUUGUAUUUCCUCCAUGCUGAGAAUAUAAUCAGAGGGACUAAACGUGAUCUGAUUUCAUUGUUUCUUUUUUUUGUGUUCAUCCUGUACUGUUGUAGCUUGAACAGCAUUUUCUGCCAUAAUGAAGUGAUCCUCCACGAACUGAAGCACUAUUACAUCUGUACUUGUGGCAUGAGUGUCUUCAGACUGUAGAGUUGUGUUUUAUUACCCCCUUAUAAACAAACACACACAAACUCAUCUUUGGUACUUUACCUUUGCUACCGUCUACCCAGCUCCGACAAAAAACAACAACAAUGUACCGCAGUUCUUCAUCUGAACGUGCGGGAUUGAGCAUUUCAGCUGUUUUAUUUUCAUGGUCCUUGUGUUCAAAAUAGCACACAGCAGCUUCUUUGGGAGCUUUUCCUCUAAACAAAUGUUUGCAGAUGUGUCUUUUUAGUGGGUAAAUUUGUUUGUAGAUGUGCGCCCUCUUCUGCCCUCGCAGCUGAUGAGAACAUCACGCAGCUUUAGAUGAACCGCUCUACCUGCUACAAAACAGUUUAGCGAAGGCCGCGUUUGGAUAGUGACACUGUUUCUGUUUUGUCUGUUUAAACAGAGAUCUGAGACAGCAGGAGGACUGCUAAUGGAUUUUUUUUUUCCCACACAGCAUCUUUUGUAAAUGAAUAAAUACAUGUCAGCUAUUUUUUUAACUGAUGUGUCUUUUUGUUCACUGCAGGUGCCCAACAUAAUUAUGUCACUCAAAUGCACUUUAAGAGUAAGCUUAGCAGGGGUAUCAAUUAUGCUCUUAGAGGAGAAAGUUAUACAAAUUAGCAAAGGCUGUAAUUUCUGUGAAUGUAGGAGGGAGUACUCCUCGCUUUUUGUGUAUCCCGAUGAGAAAACAGCUGAGAGUGGUCACUUUAGGACCACUGCUGUGUUCGUUUUUUCCCUUUAGCCAGGAGUUAAAUCAUGAUCUGAAAAGGUUUGAACCCUUCAUCAGUGAGCCUCCUAAUCAUUUACAUUUAUUGUAAAUCUGCAGGAUAUCUCUAGACUCAAGUUUCAGGAAUUUCCGUUACAAUUUUUGGUGCCUAAGGAGAAGAUCUGUGGUUAACUUCAGUAUUUAUUAAUUGAAUGUUUGUUAAAAUGUAACCAAACAAUAGAAGGUAUUCACCAACUCUUGACAGUCAAGAUAUUUUCAACCCCAAAGGUUUGACAGUUUUGCUCAAACAAUGACUCCCAUGCAACAACUUCAACAAAUAUCCCACAAGCCGUUGAUACAUUGGCUGAAAAAAACAAAGAUUUUCUGUUUGCUCUGGUGAUUAAAUCUUGGUAAACCAGGUAAGAUUAGGCCCCUUUCACUGACUUCAACAACUGACCGACCAAUUGAGCCUGAAGAUGUGCACAGAAAUUAUGAAUAGAUUUUGAAGACAAUAAACCCUCGGCUUUGAAAGGGUUUGUGAUUAUUUUAACUGUACCAGCAGCCAAGUGUUGCACUCUAUUCAGGACUUUGAGUUAAGUGAAGUCAGAGGCCUCAGUCAUGUUUAUGGAAAUAACAUGGUGAAUCCCAAACAGCAACAUCUUGUGAGCAACACGAGGAUAAUGACCACAUUACAAUCCCCAGAAUGUUGUUUUUAUUGUCAGUUUUCACACUGCAGGCUGAGGCGAGUGAAUCUGAUCAGAGAGAAACAAAAAGCUGGGGUCUGUCCCUCCCUCACACACACUGGCACCCACAGAUGUCACACAUCUCCAUGAGUGAUACCAGGCUUUGAAAGCCCUCAGCUGUAAAGAUGUUGAUGCGCUUUAGAUGAAGAGUCAGGCUACAUGUGGGUGGAUCCUGUGUUUGGCUUUAUUGAAGCUGUAUGCAAAUCCUCAGGUCACAAGACUGUUGAACAAAAGCCUGCUGGAUGCUGUUCUUCAUCACGUUCAGGCUGACAUUUCUUGAUGUCUCUUAGCUGAACUACUCUUGCUAUCUGGCAUCAAUUUGGACAGAAAAGAGGGAGAGAAGUCUGUGAUUUCUUCAAAAAAUGUAGUGCGCAAUAACAGGUUGUGUUUUCCUCUCGGCUGGAUCCCUGUGCAGCGCUUCUUUUUCGAGUUGGUCAGUGAUAGUCGGUCUCACUGUAACCACUAUGCAAAUAAGCAUGAUUAUGAGUGUUCCCUUGACCUCCUCAAUCCUCCGAGGCGUCUUGAUUGAGUGUGGCAGGCAGAGGAGGGGACGGCUAUAAUGGACUCCACCAACUUUAAUGAGACAAAUCUCAGCUAUGGGCUGACAUUUUGAAAUAGUCCUUGUGAAUGACAGUGUCAGCAGUCACCUUUACCAAAGCUUUCCAGGGAAGGUCCCUGUAAUGAUGGAGGGAAUUAAAAUGGCCUCCAAGGCAGUGGAGAUAGGAGCCUCAGGAUUAGGGUGCAGAGCCACGCCUUUUUAACAGGCUCGGCUGCCACACCCAAAUUUUUAAAAAAGUACAUCUCUCGCCUUUUAACAACCAAUCGUCUAUUUGAGAUUUGAUGGAGGGAUUACAGUGAAUGUUAGACGCUGACCACGGUGAGGUGUGUUGAGAUGAGCUGUCCCUCACAUUAACUGCCCCGCCCUUCCUUUUCCCCUCUUUCUCCCUCCUUGUUGUGUGUCUCAUGGUAGACAGGGACAAGCGCUGCUGUCAUUACAAACUUAAUAAGAGCAGAAGUGAGAUUGAUGAGAAAAACAGAGGCAUCAACCGCUCUUUUAAUUAACUCUUGUCCCAUAAUGGUGGCGGGACUGAGGCACGGAGCAAAGAAUGAGACAUUUUCUUUCUCUUUCCAACCCCUCUCUGUUUUGUUGCCUCACUCACCCCCGAUAAUGAACAGCCUUCUGGGACCCAAUUACAUCCAAGGCUGCAUUAGGAGCGCAGCAGGCCCAGUGGAAACUUCAGCUGAGUUUCCCCCACAGCCCCCUCUUUGCUCCCUGUUACCCUGCUGGAGAUGGCCUUCACUUGAUUGAAUUUUGAAUGUUAUACCCUCCCAACAAACACCCCCUCGCCUUCAGUAGACCCCUACCUACAUCAGUUCUGUACCCACAUGUGGUUUCAGAUGGAAACAGGAGACGAUGUAUGCUUGUUGUUAGUUGUCCUUCACUUACUGUUUGCAUUGAGAGAGUCCCUUUGUUGUUGUGUGUAGGGCCACAUGAAUUUGUGCAUAAAAGCCUGUUUUGUGCCCCUCAGACCGAAAACAUGUUUUGCUGAGGACAAAAGUUACACUAGACUGUUACAAUAUCAAGCCAUACAAAGCGCUUUUUCAUAUAACAGUCAAGUAAGAGAUGUAUCAAAUUGUGAAAACACAAAAAAUAAAGCAUUUCAUUUCAAUGCAGAAAGAUCCAUUUGGAAACAACACCACUUUAGGUGAAGGUUAACCCACAACCAGCACAACCU